ACGCAAUGGUGCCAGUGUUUUUUCUCGCAUUCUCUUCUUUUUAGCUCUAAUUGUCCUCUCUGCUGCUUCGUCCUUAUGCUGCCGUUCCGUGUCGACUCUACAUAACCACCACCCACUAUGUCUGACCCCGAGCCCUCUGCCGUGAUUUUAUCGUCCUCUCCCCCAUCUACUCAAAACUCCGACUCGUCUACGGCCUCCUCCAGCUACGCCUUUCUGGUCCAUUCCCAGAAGACGUUGACUCAGAACCUCCCACCGCGUGUGGAUAACAAAUUGCUUGCACGGCAGAAACGGCGUCGGACUAGGUAUGCUUUGCCUUUACUGCUCAUGACCAACCUAGCGUUCGAUCAUUUGCCGUUCUGACCUGAUAAACGCGUCUAUAGCCCAGAAGACUACGCGAUUCUCGAGGCAGAGUACCAACGAAACCCAAAACCGGACAAGAUAUCACGGGCCAGCAUAGUCAGCCGCGUUUCGCUGGGUGAGAAAGAAGUCCAGGUAUAACUCCCUUAGCCUAGUUGGAUAUAUCCCGCGCUAAUGCAGCCCUCCAUAGAUCUGGUUUCAGAACCGUCGCCAGAAUGACCGCCGAAAGUCAAAGCCUCUCCAGCCUCACGAACUCUUGCCCUCCUCCCAGUCCGACGACUCGAAAACGAAAUGCGACGACAGUAUACUUGUAGAGGGCUCCAGCAGGCUGGAGCAGGACCAUGACCACGAACGGGCUCACGGUUCGCGGCCGUCGAUGCCCGAGGGCGACUCCUUUGCAUCAGAUGCAGUGGACAAGGAUGAGAGGGGCCAGGUGGAGGAGAGCUCACAAACGAGCGUUGCCAUAUCCGAAUCCCCAAAUUCGAGUCAACAAGCGGCAGACAGCAGUCUGGUUGAGUUGAACGCGAUGCAGAGUCCUAUCGACGCGUCCAGCAACGCGCUUCACCCAAACUCCGCCAAGAGAAAGAGAUCUGGAUCAGAUCUUGGAGAAACAAACAAAGAGUCAGCAACCCCAAGCAUGCUAGACAGCCUAAAGUCACCACCGUCCCUGAGGCUAUCGCUUUCCUUUGACGGAGAAGCCAUGGUUCGAAAGCAAGGCGAAUUGACACCAUCACCCCCUAAGGGACGAAACUCGCUUCGAAUUUCAAUGUCGGCAGACGGACAAGCCGUCAUCCGUGCCAACGGCGAACCAUCCCCGUCCAAAAACCGCAUCUCCAUGUUCCCCACUCGCACCCCUAGACUCGCUGGUCUUCGCAGAAGCAAUAGCGCUGUUGUAUUGGGUACACCGCGUAGCCUAGAAAGAGAGAAAUCCUUCGGUAGGUCGCGCGAUCCCAGGAACUGGGAGUCUAUCUUCGAUACAGACGCGCGAAGUGCACUUGCCACACCUUUCAGUUCACAAAGCACACCAAAAUCGGCCCUACUCUCCGGUGGCAAGCGUUCUCUGACCCGAAGCCUGUCCGCCAGGCACCCCUCCCUCCUCACACCAAACUCCGAUACCCAGGGUACCCCUAUCACGCAAGCAAUGCGACAGAAGAGGCAGAAGCUUUCUCGUACUGUCUCUUCCCUCGGUCGGUUGGAAUCUGGCCGCAAAGCCUUGGGCGAGAAAUUCCCUUCCACACUCAAGAACUCUAAAUCUGCUAAGGAUGACCUCGAACUUGAAGCCGGCGACUCAGACAAGGAGAAUUGGAUUCCUGGAACUCGAGUAUCCCAAUCGCGUCGACGGACGGUUUCCAGCCAUACCCACCGGCCUGUCCUCAAGGACUCGAACGGACGAGACGGCCGACCACACGACGCUUCUACAUCAGGACGCUCGCGAUGGUCACAGCCCUCGCAUCGAAAAACAGUCGGACCUUCAAAAUCCCUGUCCAUGUCUGGUCUGGAAGGUGACGUUUCAGCAUUCAUGGGCGGCAACGCAGCGAGUCAGGAAGAGGACCUGGAUUGCAUCCAAGGCCUGUUAUCUCUAAGCCAAGGCGCCUGGAGAUGA